ACAUCCUCCCAGCCUACGUCUGAGACUACAAACGGGCUCAACGAGGGUAUGUACCUGCUCUUGAAUAGACUGGAUCAAUUCAACAUGUGCAUAACACCUCACGCGCUCCGUCACUGUUGCUCAGCAGCUAAAAACAAAAAGAAAAAGAAAUAGAAAAAAAAGCCUAAAUCCCCCAGAACUGAAACAUGACUGACAUAAUGCUUCCCUGAGGAACACCAGACAGUAUCGAGAUCCUCUCGAGUCCUUCACUUGACACGUCCGUGCUCAGUCAAGCCAAGCGACUUCUGCAGUUGGAAAUUGACGAGAUGGCGUCCGCCAAACGCAAGAGAAACAGCACGGGCUUGAAUGCCACCCCCAAUGCCGGCGGGCGAACCGGCUUCGUCCCUCAGACUCCUCAAACACCUCUCACCAACUCCUCGGCCACCCACCCCGCGAAGCGCAAGAAGGUUAAGGGCAGUGAGUCGUCGAAAAAGAAGCAGAAGCGAGAGCAGCAACGCGAGGAAUCCCAAGAGCUUCCGUACAUCAGCAGCCCGGUCUCCGCCAAGCGGACUUCCACGACGAUCGCGACCAAUGGCCACCACCACCACCGCCAGCAUGAUGCACCUCCCGCGGUGCCAGAGAUCCCCGAACCCGAGAUUCCGAUCGACCCAGCCCUGAGGGGCGAGCCCGUCGCUAUCCCGAAACCCCAGGACCAGGUGAUGCAAGAUGCCGACCAGACCGAAACCGCGACCCCCCGGCCUCAAAAAGAUGUGACCCGCGCAUCAUCGGCGCCCAGCGCCUUGGCUCGGCAGAAGAAGGGUCGACGCGUGCAAGCGGAUGACGACAACGACGACGACGACGACGACGAUGACAGCAACAGCAACAAGAACAAGAAUCCCACCGGUAAGACGGGCUUCUUUUCGCCCGACGAAAUCCAGAAACUCGAGGCCUUCAAGCUGGAGUUCUGCACCAUAAACGGCGUGGAGGCGGAUACCUUCGACAUGAUGGUGCAGCACUCCGUCCGCGAGCGACAGGAACAGUGGCCGGUGCAAACCGACAUCAUCACGAAGCCGGACUUCUGGGCGAGGAUCUACGAGAUCAUUCCGGACCGGGCCAAGAGAUCCGUCUACCGAUUCAUGCGCCGCCAUUUCCAGUGUUCCUCCCAGAAGCCUCACCACUGGACCCACGAGCAGGACGAGGAGCUCAUCUCGCUGCACAGAUUGCACGGGGCCAAGUGGGCCUACAUUGCCAAGAUGAUUGGCCGCAGCGACGACGAUGUCGUCCAGCGGUGGAAGAACCGUCUGCAGCAUCGUCGCACGAUGAACCGCGGCUCCUGGUCGGAGCAGGAAGUGCAGGACAUGAUGGACGCUCUGCAAGAGGUCUGGCAUACCAUGAAAGCUACCGGGGUGGAUGUCGGCCAGGAUGUCUACGAGUUGGACGAAGUCUACAUCGCUUGGGGAGUGGUUAGCGACAAGAUGAACAACUGCCGUUCUCGCCAGCAGUGCGCGGACAAGUGGCGGAAACUCAGGGCCAAAGUCCUGAACCAACGCAGGAAGGAAAACCCCGAUGCGUUUCAUGACUCGGCGGUUGCGAAAAAGUCGGGUGGUAGCCGCCGGAGCAAGUCACGGGCCGUGAGUACCCCUCAGCAGAAGCCUAAUCAGAAGUUCAAGAGCAAGGAAAUCGUAGAGUCGGAGGAUGAAGACGUGAGCCAGGAAACGCAGAAAGCGGCGGAGAAGAAAGAGGCGCAAGAACCGGAGGAGGAGGCGGUUGAGGAGUCGGAUCAAGAACCGGAGGAGGAGGCGGUUGAGGAGUCGGAUCAAGAGGAAGAGGAGGAGGAGGAAGAAGAAGAAGAAGAAGAAGAAGAAGAGGAGGAGGAGGAGGAAGACGAAUCUGCCGAGCCAGAAGUCCCCAUUAAGCAUGAACGGCACUCAAUGGAACUAGAUGAUGCACACAUGUCACCACCAUCGAAACAGCCCACUGGGGCCACCCGUCAUAUCACUAAUACGGGCUCGCGCGAGGAUUCCGUUGCCGAUGAAGUUGGCGAUGGCUUAGUCGAUUGGGCCGUUAAGCACGAGCGGAGACAAAAGUCCGACUCGGAGUCAGAGGAGGAGUCGGGAGAGGAGGAAGAGGAGGAGUCGCCCAGCCCUAACGCCAAACGGGAAGUCAAGCCCAACCUUGGCGACAAAGAGGCCGAGAGCGAGAGCGAGAGUGGCAGCGAGAGUGGCAGCGAAAGCAACGAGAGCGAAGAGGAGAACUACUCCACUCCACCCAGUGGGCAGAAAUCCACCAACCUCAAAGUCACCUCCCCCAGCACCGUCACCAAGUCGUCUCAACAGCAGCAGCGAGGAGGCAACAUCAAACCCCGAAGCCCCCCGGCGGUGGCCAUCAAAUCCAGAAAGUCACCUUCCCCCACCGCCUCCGCCUCUUCGUCGGAGGACGAAGAAGAGGAGGAAGAGGAGGAAUCUGGCGGCAGCGACAGCGAAACAAGCAGCACCGGCGGCGACUGGCCCGCCAAACCCACUGCCACUGCCACCAACCGCAAACCCUCCACCAACUCCUCCCCCAUCACUACAGCCAAACGCACCAUCACCACCACCACGGAACCCACCCAGAAACCCCAACAACCCCCGACCAAACCCACCGUCACGCACUCCAAACGCUCCAACCCCACGCCGCCCGAAUCCGACCCCGAAACCGCCUCCGACGACGACGCCUCCGACGAAGAUGCCUCCGACACCACCUCCUCCUCAUCCGAAGAAUCCUCCCGCGCCCCCAAGCAACAAUCCCAACCCCAACCUCAGCCGCAAAGGCCCUCAAUCCCCACCCGCCCCUCCUUCGGCUCCAGCUCCCAACCCACCCGGUCCCCCGGCCAUCGCCUCAGCCUCAAGGAACUCCGGGACGCCAGCCUCAGCAAGGCGAACAGCAAACUCAAGGCCCUCAAGCCCAACACGCUGAACGACAUGUUGAGCGAUGCGAAGUUGCGGGCCAAGGCGGAUUCGUCGUCGGAUGACGAUGAUGAUGAAUCCUCAGAUUCGGAUUCGGAUUCCGAGUAAAAGCUUCGGGUUGGGUAGACGGACGAACGGUGUAUGUGUUUUUGAGUCCGGGCGUGCUAGGUCGCUUUGUAUGUAUGGUUGAUUGUGGAUUUCUGUCGUGUUGAGGGGAUCAAAUGAUUUCCUAUUCCGGAUGGCAAUGAGAAAUGGGGAGGUGGGAGGAGGGAGGGAGAGAGUGUGUAAAGAUGAUGAUGAUGAAGUCCAUACUUUGAGUUGAAUAAUUUGUCAGUUGCGAUAAGUUAGAUUAUGAAUGAUAUGGAUGGAGUACGGC